UAGCCCUUUGGUGACUCAAAAAUCAGCGGUUCCUUGCCAAAUCGGUGCCUGUAUCUAAAUAUGGCAACCCAGGGGUCCAUGUGCAACACCUCGAUCUCAGACUACGCAAACCAGUCCAAUGAAUUCAAUAAUACUUUUCACCAACUGAAUGGGAGCUCGAUGGCCGAGGAGGACAGCACAAAGAUUCUGGCCGUUAUCUACCUCGUGGUUUUUGUCGUGGGUUUGACGGGCAACUCUCUGGCCAUUUUCGUGGUCCUGCGCUACACCAAAAUGAAAACGGUCACAAACAUGUACAUUUUAAACCUGGCAGUGGCCGACGAGCUGUACAUCCUGGGACUUCCAUUUCUCACCGCCCACAACGUGCUCACCUAUUGGCCGUUUGGCAACUUCCUCUGUCGUAUUCUGAUGUGGACAGACUCCAUCAGUCAAUUUACUAGCACAUUCUGUCUGACAGUAAUGAGCAUUGAUCGCUAUAUGGCUGUGGUGCAUCCUAUCCGCAGCGCGCGGUGGCGGCGGCCCAGAGUUGCCAAGGUGAUAAAUAGCAUGGUAUGGGCACUGUCCUGUCUGCUAACGCUGCCAGUCAUCAUUUACUGUGACGUUCAGCCGGAGCUCAACACCUGCAACCUGAGCUGGCCCGAACCGCGUGAUGUGUGGUCGACCGCUUUCAUCCUCUACACCGCCAUACUAGGUUUCUUCUUCCCACUUAUGGUUAUCUGUCUUUGCUACCUGCUCAUUGUAAUCAAGGUAAAGUCAGCUAGUGCGCGAGCGGGACUCUCCAAACGCGGCAGGUCUGAGAAGAAAGUGACGAGAAUGGUGGUGAUCAUCGUGGUGGUGUUUGUCCUGUGCUGGCUGCCGUUUUUCAUCAUCAACAUCCUCAACCUGAUCAGCACCCUCCCGGAGAACAGCCUCAUGACCGGCAUCUACUUUCUCACCGUCAUCCUGACCUACGUCAACAGCUGCGCCAAUCCUCUGCUCUACAGCUUUCUGUCAGACAACUUCAAGCGGAGCUUCCAGCAAGUGUUGUGCAUCCACAAGGUCAACGGGGUCAGCAACGGUCACCCUGGUCGUGAGCACCUCAGCAGGAACCAACAGAACGAGGCCUUCUUCCCUCCAAGGAGCUUUGAUUUCAACAACCAUGUCCAGACCUAUCAGUCCAUUGGUUUGAAGGCUGAAGCCUGCGAUAAAUUGGAAAACCACCGACCUGGACCACAGCCAAGCAGCCAGUCCAUAUAAAAUCAGAAACUUGGAUGGAUUUUUUUCCCCCUUUUAACACACAUAUUCUUUUUGUUCCGAGUUGGUCGUCCAAUCAAAGUCAUUAUGACAUGGUCAAAAUAUAUGGCUUUAUAUAAAGUAAUUGUUGUCUAUGCCUAGAGUAAACACUCUCUGGUGCACAAACACAAUACAUUUCCAUAUAAAAAUCACUCUGUGAUGAGAAGAUAUCAG